GAUACAGUUGGCGUGGAAGCUUUGAGAAGAACAGUGCUCACAAAACCUUUGAAUAUCUCUCGCAUUUAUCAACAAUGACGGAGGAACAAGGAGAAAAGAAGGCUGAUGAGCCAAAGAGAGUCCAUACAUAUCCUCUGAUAAGGCAUUCAGAUAUGACAGAGGAGAUGCGUGUGGAGGCCAUGGAGUUGUGUGUCACAGCCUGUGAAAAGUUCGCAAGUAAUAAUGAAAAUGCUGCCAAGAUGAUUAAAGAAACAAUGGAUAAGAAAUUUGGUGCAUCAUGGCAUGCAAUUGUUGGAGAAGGAUUUGGAUUUGAAAUAACGCACGAAGUAAAGAAUUUAUUAUACAUGUUCUUUGGCGGAACUAUGGCUAUAGCUGUGUGGAAAUGUUCUUAAGACAAAUUGACACCUGACAAUGAUACUGACUUUGUGUAUCUGACUUCUUUCUGGUCAUUCACUCAAGGGCUUUAAGAUCACCUGAACAUAAGUAUUUCUUCCUAAUAUGCCGGACUAGAUUGUGAUAAUCUGGCCUUUAAUUCUAGCAUACAUUUUUGUACUCCCACUUUACAGGCAUGUUUGAAGUCUACUGGUUGAAUGUGCAGGUGAUCUUGAAAUGUGUAGGAGUGCCAGCAAAGAUUUAAGAUGCAGAAAAAGGUUUUUAAUAUUAGCAGCAGAAUAAAGGCCUCUUGUUAAGUCUGUAUGAUAAGAUUUUUCUAAAUGGCAUCUUGAGUUUAUUCACCUUUCAAAAAGCAUUCAUGACCUAACUAGCUCUGGAGUAAUAUUUUAUGCAAUGAAAUGCAGGCUUGAGUUGAGCUUGCAACUUUUAUUUAUUCGAUCCUGUUCGGCAGUGACUUAUGCAGAAAUUGGAUAUUUUACAACUUUGACCGUCCAUCAGUAGCAUCUCCAUUGACAAAAGUGGAUGCUACAGAUAUUUGCCAUUUCUUUUGAACUUUUUAUGUAACACAACCUGAUACUGUUAAUGCCAGUUUUGUCGAGAAUUAUUCUGAUAACUUUCAGACUGUAAGACAACUUGAAUCUUGUCAUUUUUGAGAGCAAUCCGUCAUCUUCUAAAAAUCUGAUAUUCGUCCAAGUCACACAUAUCACAGUCUGGUUUUCUAUAUUAAUCUUUAUCGUCAACAUACCAAAUCGCAAUGAGCGUUGAUAAAUGACAGAUAGAUUGAUUACUGUCAAAGUGAUUACAUUUUGACCACGAUAACGUCAAAAUUAUAUCAAUUGGACGUCGCAUGGUUCUUGAAAAUAAGACUGAAAAUGUGAAUAUUUGUCUAAUUUGGACAACUCUCUCAUCCCAAAAUGAAUUCAGCUAAAUGUUCUCGCCCUGCAGUGGCUUCUGCAUGGUCCUUUUCCAGGGAUUUUGGACCAAUUAACUGAUGUGUUUUUGAAAGCAAACCUCAUGACUUUAUUUCAGUCAACAUUCCACGUUGAACUUAAAAAUUCUUGUACAUUACAUACAAAAAUGUUUGUUCACAGUUAAUCAUCAGUUGUAUUCAGACAUUCCUGAGUGUUUCAGGAGAAAAGAUGGACUUGUCUCAAGAUUUAUGAUGAUGUCUCCAAUAGACGCUUUGUCCAGUUAAAGGUCAAAGGAUGGUUGUCUAUUGUAUCAUUCUUUUGAUAAACAUGGUUAAGUAAUGGUAUCAUUUAAAGUCUACAUCAACUGUAUAUAACUUUAAUAUAAGUAAAAAAAUGACAACUUUUGUUUUAUUUCAUCAUUAUUAUAGGUAUUCUUUGUAAUAAAAUGAUUGAUACAUAUAAAUA